AACAGGGUGUUAUUAUAACCGGUAAUAUCCAUUUUCUUCUUCCUUCCUUUCCUCCGCUGUGUUGGAUGAAAUGUGGGUCAUCAUUUUCUGAUCUCCACUUUCAUUAUUUCCCCCUUUUUGAGAGCUUCAAGAGGAAGCUUUGGAAUUGGGGAACCAAAAAUGUGGUCGCCUUCAUCUUUGCUUUGGUGAUGAUGGUGGUGGUGGUGGUGGAUAGUGUAAAGAUGAAGAAGGAGAUAAUACCCUUUUGACCACACAACAAAAGAAAAGAAAAGGAAAAAGAAAAGCAAAGAAAAGCAACAAAGUGAGCAACCAUUGCUGCCUGUGAUUGUCAAUGAGAGCGACAGUGUAGCGUAGGAACCCCCCCCCAAAGCAUCGCUACCCUCUCCCUCUCUCUCUCUCUCUCUCUGUUUUUUCUUCCUCGCUUUUUCCUACUUUUCCUUCGCACACGUUCCUCUGCUCUCCCUUCUUCAACUUUCCUCUGUUUAUAUACCAUUUUAAUCACAUUCAGAUUCAUCUUCAGUUUUCACAACACACAGUUUUCUAAAAUGCCCAUCUACCACCCCUCCAUUUGUACACAACGGGAUCCCAAGCUCCUCGUCGGCUGCGGUGCACACAUUCUAGAUCUCCAAACUGUGGUCAAAGAUGGCAUUCUUGGCGGUGCCCAGAAAUUGGAUCUCAAGGAGAUGAUUGAAGAGCUGGAGUCGUCCAUAGAGGUCCCAUCGGUGUUCAUUUGUCCAAUCUCGCUCGAGCCCAUGCAAGAUCCAGUCACCCUCUGCUCCGGGCAGACCUACGAGCGGUCCAACAUUCUCAAAUGGUUCUCUUUAGGCCACUUGACUUGUCCCACAACAAUGCAAGAGCUUUGGGACGAUUCCGUCACACCGAAUCGGACCCUUCACCAGCUGAUUCACACCUGGUUUUCGCAGAAGUACUUGGCAUUGAAGAAGAGAUCAGAGGACGUGCAGGGGAGAGUUUUAGAGCUCUUGGAUUCGUUGAAGAAGGUCAAGGGCCAAGCUAGGGUUCAGUCCCUUAAGGAUCUCCGACAUGUCGUCACCGCCCAUUCCUCCGCCAAGAAGAUGGUGGUCGACAACGGCGGUGUUGCUCUAAUCUCCUCUCUUUUGGGUUCUUUCACUUCCCACGCAGUUGGGUCGGAAGGCGUGGGGAUUCUCGUCAAUUUGGAUCUGAAUUCAGAGUUGAAGAAGAAUCUGAUUCAACCCACCAGAAUAUCCCUAAUUGCAGAUAUUUUAAACGAAGGGUCCAUCGAAACCAAGAUUAAUUGCACCAAAUUCAUCAAGAUGUUGACGGAGGGCGAUGCUUCAACAAUAGAGAACGUUUCGAGUUUAAGUCUCCUCGUCGGAUUGUUGAGAAUGGUAAAGGAUCAAAGACAUCCAAACGGAGUAACCGCCGCACUCACUUUACUCCGAACGCUUUGUUCAAACGAAUCAAUCAGAAAGCAACUCGUUGGCAUCGGUGCCGUCGCGAAACUCGGUGGCGCUCUCUCCGGCUUAAACGCCGAAAGCUUGGAGUCAGCGCUUUAUAUUCUCGACGUUUUAUCGUCCCUUCCAGAGGGGAGAUUAGCGUUGAAGAAUUGUGAAGAUACAGUUAGAAAUUUGGUGAAAUUGUUAAUGAAAGUAUCGGAGAUUUGUACAAGAUUUGCGCUAUCGAUUUUGUGGGCGGUGUUCAAGCUAGCGCCGGAGGAAUGUUCGGUGCUCGCGGUGGAGGCGGGAUUAGCGGCAAAAUUGCUGCUUGUGAUCCAAAGUGGGUUCAAUCCAGAACUGAAACAGAGAUCUGCAGAGCUAUUGAAAUUGUGUAGUCUAAAUUACCCAGAUUCUAUCUUCAUUUCUAAAUGUAAGCUUACGAGAACUAUACAAUAAUAAAACAUAGCUUCUCAAAAUUGUCCAUAAACCACCUUUUGUUUCAUUUAUAAAAAAUAUUAUGCACCAUUGAAA